UCCCUUGCCUUUCAUUUUUUCUUCUUUUUCUAAUUUUUCCUUCUUUUUUCCUUCUUGCCCUUCUUUUUCCUUCUCUCCUUCCUCAAACAGACUAUUGUUCCCUAGCUUCAUGAAUUAAAAUUUUAAAAAGAUGUUUUUUUUUAAUUUAUAGAAAUAAAAAGUUCAAAAUAACUGCAUAAUAGCAAAUGACCCUUGUGGCCCUACAGAGAUAUGUGACCUCUGUCAGCUAUAAAAGAAAAUAAAUAUGCACUUUAACCAAGAGUGGGUGAAAGGUGCAUCUUUGGCCCUUGGGGAUAUUCUUUGACCACUUCCCUAUUUGCACUGCCUGUUUAGCUGUCUACUUUUUCACAAAAAUAAUAUGUCAGUGAUGAGAGAGGAACAAUGAGAACAAAUCAAGAGGAAUUUGUACUUACAGAAGGGAGAUCAAGGUGUAUCUCCAGUUGGCUGCCGUCCUGGUGUCCCACCUCACUCUCCCAUCUUAUAAAAUCAGAAGACAGAAUCCUGAAACCCAUCAAAGUGAAGUUUACUCAAGGACAUGUUCCCAUUUCUAAUGGCAACUACAUUUGGACGCUGGGCUUUAAUGAAGUAGAGUGCUCAUCUGACCUCUCAACCACUGGGGUUCAACAACUUAAGGUCCCAUUAGUGCUACUACAUGGUUUUGGGGGUGGAGUGGGUCUCUGGGUGAAAAACCUAUCUGCCUUUGCAGGGGAAGGAAGGCCUGUGUACGCACUGGACAUGCUGGGAUUUGGACGCAGCAGUCGACCAACCUUUGGUAGGGAUGCCAAGGAUGCAGAGGAGCAGUUUGUACAAUCCCUGGAGGACUGGAGAAAGGCAGAAGGGUUGGAACAUAUGAUUCUCCUGGGCCAUGAUCUUGGAGGAUAUGUGUCUACUGCCUAUGCCCUGAAAUAUCCUCACAGAUUGAAGCACUUGGUGUUGGUGGAGCCAUGGGGUUUUGCAGCAAGACCAAAUGUUCAGGAGCGUUGGGUUCCCAUUUGGAUUAAAGCCUUUGGGGCAGCAAUGAAUCCAUUCAACCCUCUUGGUCCGCUUAGGCUGGCAGGCCCACUGGGUCCUUUGUUGCUGCAGGUUUUGCGAUCAGAUUUUAAGCAGAAAUAUGCUUCUGUAUUUGCCGACGACACUGUGGCUGAUUACAUAUACCAUGUAAAUGCACAAACGGCCAGUGGUGAGACAGCAUUUAAAAACAUGACAAUCCCAUACGGAUGGCCUCAGCACCCCAUGAUGGAACAAGUGGAGAAGAUCAGUCCCUCUCUUCCAAUGACUUUCAUCUACGGAUCACGUUCCAGCAUUGAAGGCCAAUCAGGAAAAGCCAUUCAAGAAAUGAGACCAAAUUCGCAAACAAAAAUCAUAGUUAUCCAGGGUGCAGGUCACUACGUAUUUGCAGACCAAUCAGAAGACUUCAACCAGGCUGUGCUCAAGAUAUGCAAUAAUGAAUGCUGAGAGAAGAGAAAACAUGAGUCAGGUCCUGAUUAGGAGACAACAAGCACAUGAAGCUUUGUGCCGUGCUGCUUAUAUUUAUCAAGCAGUAAAAAUGCCCCUUCCCACGGUGUGCUGGAACGACAUUCUCCCACAGCACUUUACAGAUGAUGAAUGGAAUGAGAAUUUUAGAAUGACACAACAGUCAUUUAUUACACUAUAUUUAACAACAACAGCUCGUUCUAUGUGUCAACGUCAUUAUGCCAUUUCUACGUCACUGUACAUGUGCAGUAUUUUACAGUUUCGGGUUUCAAUCUAAUCAAGUGUUUACAUGUCCUAUCGAAUGGAAUAGAAAACAGUUUAAACCACCCCUAACAAUCCGAAUGAAAUUUCAUUCGGAUUUGGCCAAUUCAUUUUUAUUGAUGAGGUUACAUGUGACUAUUUUAUUCUGACUGUGAUACUCAUCUGAUUACAAAUGGAUUAUUAGGGUCCAUGUAAACACAGCUACUUAUAAAGACAGUCACUUGCUUUGUCCCUGAAUGAAUCAGCAGUUUUGAGCGAAUCAUUUGACUGAAUGAUUCAAUGACUCACUCUUUAAGAAAAUGAUUUGCUGCCACCUUCUGGCAAUCUCAGUUUCAUAUUUAACCCUCCUAUUAACUUUGGGGUCUACUGGCGCUUUUCCACUGCAUGGUACGGCACGGCAUGGCUCGGUUCAGCUCGCUUUGCUCGGUUUGCUUUUCCACUGCAGUUUAGUACUGCUUCAAAGUGUGUGGGAUUAUAGACUGAUAGUUAUAGUUGCACUACCUCUACUACCGUGAUCCGCUCCUCAGCUACCAGCAAGAGGAACAUCUGCACCUUGUCUACAGACCACAAUACAGCCAUUUCUUUUUUCAAGUUGCGUGUGACGGUCAUUUAAAGUAAGUUGUUUAAAAAAGUCGUGUAAGCAAAUGAUACUACAGGUGGGUGUUGCUGACUAUUUAAAUCUAGCGGGUUUGGUGUAUCGUGUCGUAAAUCCAAUGACGCUGGUAGUGACAAUUCUCUCUGACCAAUCAGUGAUCUGCAGUGUUUACACGUGACGUCACAUUUUAGUAUUAGUACAGCUCGCUUGGAACCUCAACCAAAGCGGUACUAUGUAAGCGAGCCGUACCAUGCAGUGGAAAAGCGCCAAAAAGUGAGCUGUACCAUGCAGCGGAAAAGCGCUAAAGCAAGCAGUACCGAGCCAUACCAUGCAGUGGAAAAGUCAUAUUUGACCCCAUGCGAUGUUUAACGUUUUUGCUUAAGGGUGUACUCACACUAGGCACAGUUGCCUUGAACCAAGCGCGAUUGCCUUUAAUGUUCCGGGCCAAACCACGCUUACGUCAUAUACGAUGCAACUUUUUGUAUGGAAGAAAACAGGAAGAAAGCACUUUCUCUAAGAUACUGCCUAAUAGAUUUAUCAUUUAUGCCGCACACUGAUUUUCACUUGCACGUAUCAGAGGAUUAUUAUGAAGGCAGCUGACGUUGAUGGUGGAAUUUGCAGCUUUACUCGCAAACUACAAUUCCUGUUCAUCAAUAAGGUGAGAUCCAGACCCAUUAUAAGCCCAAAUACACUCAAAUUAUAAUACACGAAUGGUGCGAUCACACAAAUGAACCGGGCUUUGGGGGUCAAAUGUGCUCGGGCACGGUUCCGAGCGCCUAGUAUGAGUACACCCUAAUAUUUAAUGACUUUUCCUCAUUUAAUGGGAACAACUGGGUAAACAUAAAAUUAACAUGAUGAUAUGUUUUCAGUGUCCUCUACACAUUUUGUAGCAUUUCUGUUCUUUCUGUGUUUCAAUUUGAGAAAUAUCAAAAUUUUACACAUAUUUGUUUUGGUUGUUUUGGAUAAUAAUGAGAUUAUUAUAACAUGCAAAUUAUCUACAAACAACUUCCCUCUGCUUUAGGGCCCUAACCAAUCAUAACCAUACCUGUAGUAUUGCGAGAACUACUUUCAAAAUAAUGGGGGAUAUCACGAGAACUUAGAUGGGGAGAACCCUAACGCUACAUUCACACGGUGCGUCGGUGUCAACAGGCUUGUUUGAGAUGAACAAAUUCUGCGCAGAACAGAUCACCGGUGAUCACCGCAAGAUGCAUGGCGGUUAGAAAUGUGUCUGAGGGUGGGCCGCCUUGCUCUGAUGUCAUGCCGACGUGUGUCAAAAACCUCUCGAGGCGAGGCGGCCUCAUCGGAUUUUGCCAGGCACGUGCACAGGUAGGGCUCAACCUGUGCAGAGCACAUGCCCUUUUUGUCCUUACACUCCGAAGUGCCCUUUUUUGGGAGGUGUUUUAUUUUAUAAAAAUUUAUAAAAAUUUAUUUAUUUUUUUUAAGGGGGGUGCCCUUUUUCAGUUUCAGCACAUGCCCCUCAAAAGGUCUGUGCACGGCCCUGGAUUCUGCAGUCGAGCGCAGUUGCUCUCCACCGACUGCUCUGACCAAAAGCAUGAUGGGAAACGACUUGAUGACGACACAGCUUAAUGCUCAUUGGUUUAAACAACCAUGAUGUAUUGAUCUCUUUUAAAAUGUUUCAUUUUAAAACUCUAAUAUCAUGUUUUUAUGUGUAAAAAUAAUGUGCGAAUAUUCCCAAACUCUCUGACAGUGCGAUCUCUCUAUGGGUUAUGUGAUUGUUGUCAUUUAUAAAAAAUAUAUAAAAACAUGUCUAUAAUUAAAGUAAAAAUGAUU